AUGUCGCGUCAUAGGGAUGUUCGAAACCUCGAUAUCAGCGCCGAGCUGGACGACGAUGCGCUCUCAGAUGGAGGAGACGAAAUCGGAGACCCACAGCAUCAAGCUCAACUGGACGACAGCUACGAACAAGUCCGUCGCACUCUUGGUGAUGAAGUCGUGGCCGAGGUUUCAGAGCGAAAUAUUCGAGCCGUACUUUGGGAUUCAUAUUUCGACGUUGACCAGACCAUUGCGUGGUGCUUGGAUGAAUACGAAAGAAAGCGCGUAGCGAAGGAACGCAAAGAUGGUGACUACUACCAAACGAAUGCCGAUCCUAGCGCCGAUGCUCAGUGGUCUCGCGUUCCAAAGAUAAUGCAAGCACAACCUGAUGGGGGCUAUCUAACUGUCGACGACUAUGAGCCCACUCGCCACCGCUUAAGCACGAUUGACGAGAAAACUGAAAGAACGGAUACUAUCCGGCAUUCUAUCUCCAGUGCAACGACUUCCUACGGCGUUUAUCAAGAUCCAAACCGAUCCAUCGACCCAAGUACUAUUCCUGUAUCGCCUCCUGCCUCAGCGAUUCAGCGAUUAUCACUCUAUGAAGGACCGCCACCCACUCGCCCAUCAUCGUCUGUUCGCAGCGAAACCCCAGUCCAGCGUUCGCUGGAAUCUGUCCCAAACAUUGAUGUCAUUCCCGACAUUCCUUCAAGGUCGAAGUCUAGCGAUCUUGAUGCUAAGCCCCUCCCUCCGAAACCCUCCAAGCUUUCUCUACUCGCUAGUUCAAGGGCGAGUGCUGUUAGUAGCAGGACGGAGAGCUCGAGAUCUACAGGCACGACUGUCACUGGCUCCGUGAAGACUUUCCCGGCCUUGCGUCCAUCCCCGCAAUCUAUAGCAACCCCGUCUGCUAUUUCAAGGCUCUUGCCUACCACGCCAUCAGGCUCGACUGUAAUGACGCCGGUUGAUUCGGAGACAUCGGCCUUGGUUAACGCAGCUAUCCAAAAGGCACUGGAAGGAGAGGCGCUAGACAAUGCCGGGUCAAGUAAAGGCAGCUCGACCCCCCGACCACGGACGCCUCGUUCACCAUCCCCCACGAAACAAUCUUCACAAGGUGGCUCGUCACAGCGUGCACCAGUCCCUCGUCCCACCGAGCAGCCGGGAACCGGAAAAGGCUUGUCAAAGCUGGCCUUACUUGCCCAGAAGAAGGUCGAAGGACGUGGUCCCAAACUCCCCAAGACGACGACCGAGUACUUGACGCCCAUAGCCAAUGGAUCCUCUGUCACCACUGCGAUCACUACCUCUUAUCAGUCGCUCUACAGUCUUACAGACCCCACAAAGUCGUCGGUUCUGCCUAAACUUGACCUUGUUCCAUUGUCGUCCUCGGCUUCACCAGCCAAUCAGUCGCCCAAGGUGUCCAAGUUGGCCAUGAAAGCGAAGCGAGGCUCGGAGCGUUCACAUCCUCCACAAGAGAUCUACGAAGAGGAAUAUACACUCGCUUCGGACUCCCUCUUUCAAGCCAGCUUGCCUCACUAUCGUGCGUCACCGUCCUCGUUUGCAUCGCUGCUCGUCGAUAACCCCAACACGGCCGAUAAAGAUUCACCGCAAGCCAGCUCGUCCAGCUCAAAGGGCAGGUCGGAGGGGACAGCCGAUUCUCUCAAUAGUCAUCCGAACCGACGUAAACACAAACACGCUGCACCACCUACACCGCUUCGGUCAAGCACACCAUCGUUUGCAUUCGAUGUCCCCAGUCCCGAUGAUAUCGUAAUGAAGGCGCGCAAAGGCACGAGUUUGGCUAGGACCUCGCCAUCUGUCUCCUCUGCAGGCGGGCGAUAA